AUGGAAAUCAGGAACCCUCGGCGCAUACUUGUCCUCGGAGCGCCAGACUCCGGUGUCCUCACCCUCCUUAAAGACCUCACAGGAUCCGCUCCCGAGCUAACCUCCGACUCCACCGCCGGCCUGUCUCACAGUUGGGAAGUCACUACUCGCUACUAUAGGGCAUUGCUACCGAUAUGGAUUGAUGAGAUUCCCCACGUCGAACAAUGGCGAACCGAAUUCAUGAAGCCAGAAGCGAAGGAAGUUGUGUCUGUGCUCGGAGCAUGGAUUUUUUGUUUCCGCAAACCGGUCAAGGAAAACGAAGUGGUGCAUGUGAGGGAGUCGCUGAAGGCGAUUGCGGAAGUCAUUGAGCGCGCUUGCGGAUACACUGGAGAUGCGGUGUGUUUGGCAGUUGCUAUGCCGCAGGGCAUGACGCCGCAUCUGGAGAGGAGCACGGAGGAGUGGGAAGAGCUGUGCAACGAACAUGGCUUUGAAUUUGUGGACAGCGAGGCCAAGGGGAAGAAUGAGUUUGGCGAAGAAAUGGGUAUCAAGAGGAUAGAGGAGGCACUCAAGGCGCACGAGUGGGACGGCGACGAUGCAGAAUUGGAGUUCGAGGGAGAGGAUGAGUUCGGAGAAAGUUUCGAUGCGGAAGAGGCGGAGAUGGGGAGGGAGCUUUUUGGCGUGAAGGCUGCAGUCAAUGGUAUGGAAGACGAAGAUGCCGAGGCACAGGUCGAAGAGUUGGAACGGAUGAUGCAGAGGAUGAUUGCUAUCAAAGACAUGGGAGAGGGCCUGCCCGAAGCCGAGCGGAGACGCUUUGCCGCUAAAGCCGUCGGCGACCUGAUGAAAGAUUUCUGA